UAGUGUCAGUGAUAAUAAAAGUGGUGUCGGUGGUGUGCGGUUCGCUUUUCCUUCCUUUUUUAUUUCUUGUAAUUCAGUGAUAGUAACAAUAAAAUUUACAUUGGUAUUUUUAAAAUUCCAAUUAGUUCACAAAAUACAUAAAAUGAUUUUGUUGGACCUUUACGACACGGCCAGUUGGUUUACCCUUGUAAUAGCUUUACAAGUAGUUGUCAUUUCUACUUAUUUUCUGUGGUUGAAGAAAAAAGGUAAUAAGAAGUAUGACCCGCUUUGUAAUGGUACACCGGUGGAGUGGUCGCCGCUGCCGUUGAUUGAGCACGACGUGGUGGUAGAGGAGCCUCCACUGAUGGGAAAAAUCGACGAGGAUGUGUUAAACGUUGGUGCUACUAGUUUCCUGUGCCUAGACAAGGAUGAGGGUAUUUUAGAGAACGCGUUGAAGACAUUAGAUAAGUAUGGUGUUGGUUCCUGUGGGCCCCGUGGGUUCUAUGGCACGAUCGACGUGCACUUAGAGCUGGAAGAGCGCCUGGCCAAGUUCAUGGAAGUAGAGGAGACGAUACUGUACUCGUACGGAUUUUCAACCAUCGCUAGUGCUAUUGGCGCCUAUGCUAGACGAGGAGACAUUAUAUUUGCUGACGAAAAUGUCUGGUUUGCUAUACAAAAAGGCAUUGAUGCAUCUCGUAGUACUGUCCGUUACUUCAAACACAAUGACAUGGACCACCUCGAGGAACAAUUAUCAGCUGCCACCAAGCGCAAGGAACUAAAUUCACGUCGACGAGCAUUCCUCAUCGCUGAGGCUAUUUACUACAACACCGGAGAGAUGUGCCCGUUGAAAAGGCUCGUAGAGUUAGCUAGGAAGUACAAGCUGAGAAUUAUUCUGGACGAGAGCUUGAGCAUUGGGGUACUCGGAAAGCACGGGCGCGGUUUGACAGAGCACUUCAACGUGCCUCGCGACGAGGUGGACCUGAUCGUAGGCUCGUUGGAGCACUCUUUCGCGACCAUCGGAGGCUUCUGUGCUGGCUCGCACUUUAUUAUCGAGCACCAGCGACUUGGAGGACUCGGUUACUGCUUCAGUGCCUCCCUGCCUCCCAUGCUGACGCAAGCCGCCAUCGACGGAUUGAACAGGAUUGAGAACAAUCCGUCUAUCUUGACUGAAUUGGAAGAAAACUCACGGAAACUUAACAAGGCCUUAUCAACACUAAAGCACUUCACAUUCCGAGGCGACGAGAUCUCACCGAUCAAGCACAUCUACCUCAAAAAGGACCUCACGGAUCGCUUGAAGCACUCUUAUCUCCGGAACAUUUCCAACUAUUGCCUGGAAAGAGGAGUGGCCUUCGCAGUGGCUGCUUACUUGAGGGACGUAGAACAUAACUGUCCGGAGCCAUCCAUCAGGAUAGCAUCCAGUAGGAAACUGAACGAUGUAAACAUAUCACUGCUCUGUAAGUUGCUGGAUGAAGCGUAUGAGAAAGUCGGCCCGAGACCUGAUCUGCAACCGGUGUAAGUAAAGUUCGUUAUUUUUAGUAGUAAACUUUGUAUAGCAGUUUAAUAUUACUGUUGGUAAUAAAAUAACUUAAUAACAAAGGAUGUUAUUGCUGUUUUUUUUUUUUUUUUUACUUUUCCGUCUCAUGCAGUGGAAAAAGGCAAUAAAUUGUGGAGGUAUCUACCUCAGUUACACUGUGAAAUACCUAAAUACAAUCAUCAGAAAGCGUUUUUUUGAACCAAUUUUACCGACCAUAUUUGAUUGGAUACGAUUUCUUUCUUGAAAGUUUCAAAAAUAUGUCUCUAGAUUAUUUGACAAAUAUAUGUAAUUAAGUUUGUGUGUUGUUAAAUAAAAUACUAAAUACAGCUGCUAUAUAAAGUUUAUUAUUAUUAUAAAAUACAUUUUUAAAAAAGUACAUACCUUAUUUUUGUUAAUUAUUAUUUUCUUAGGCUUAAAAACUGAGUCGAAACAUUGAAAUUACUUUUUAAUUUACAUUUUUAUGUCGCAAAUGAGAUUCUCUCAAAACUUAUUUGAUAUGUUGACGAGACAAUAAUUUCUUAAUUUUUGUGUAGUUUGUAAGUUUUGUAACUGCCAUUUUCGUCCAGCGGCCAAAAUAAAUACCAAAUUACUGCAGAAUUAUGAACCAAAAAGAAACAACAUAUCUUACUGUUUUUCACCGCGUUAGAAAAAUGCAUACAGUAUUAAAUUUAAUGGACCACGUAAUAACGAGUUUUUACGCUUGAAUCGUGGUGGAAGUGUUUUUUCAGUUGGAAGGACGAUGGCAUAUCAAGCUAUGUGGUAUCAUAAUAUAGAUUUAAUAGGUGAGAUUUUUCAACAACAAUGUAUCUUGAAACUUUGAAGUGCUGGUUCACGAUUUAUUCAUUUGUCUCAAUCUAAAUUUUAGGAGACGUUUAAAAAAGCCUGCUGUAUGCAUUUUUGAUAUGUUGUUACCCAAGAGCAUAGACGAAAUAGAGGAAUUGAUAAAUAAAUUGUUAAUAGUUUAUAAUUGUUGAUAGCUUUUAGUUCAAAUUAAGGCCCACAAUACAUAGGAUUAGGCACCGCAAAAUGUUAUUAAUUAUUAUGUAUUGCUAUGUUUAUCCUCUUAAUUAUAAUUAGCAAGUAUUAUUGUACACUGCAUUUGUAGAGAUUCAAAUAAUUAUAAAUAGUUUUUAUGCCUGAUAAUUUAUUAGCCAAUUCCUACUUAAGCUAUUAGAAUGCCAUAAAUUCCUACAUUCCUAUAAAUAUUACGGUUUUAUCUUUACUCCAAAUGACACAUGGUUACUUCAAAUAAAUAGUACGAUCGAUUUGAAAACUGUCUUCUUCCACAACCUUAGUGUCUUUAAAUCGAGAUAAAAUAAAACUUAAUAAACAUAAAUUAAUUAAUAAAUUACCUGCUUCUGCGAUUGACCAUCUCAUCGGUGAUUCCAAGCUGAUGUACGAUGACUCAUGAAUGUUCAAUAAAAUAUUAUUAUCUAGACAUGUGGUAGCGUGCCCAGCCAAGUUCAAGUAACAGAACUGGCGAGCAGCACCGAGUGUAAUAUUACACGAACCAUUUGGUACUACUCACUCGAAUUUUCAAGACACUAAGGAGCUUGGGAAGACAGAAAUUGGGAUCUAACAAACUUAGAUGAAUUUAUUUAUUUAAUAACAAAUAGCUAGAAUAUUGCAAAGUUACUUACGUUAGUUAAUGAUCACGUUAACGUGAUUCGUAGGCCUUAUUAAAUGCGUGGUAUUAAUGCAAUAGUAAGAUAUUCCUAAAUGCAACUCGAUAGUACAUAACAGUUAUUAUAAAAAUACAUAAUUAAGGAAACGUGUUCAUCUCAUUGUUUAAGGUGCUAUAGCAAUAAUAUACCUGGAAGCUUAUUUUAAAGGCAUUAGAGUUCAUAUUCGCCUACAAAUCAGCACAAAUCGUAUAGAAUUUGUGUAAUUUUUGCAACUUUUCGCAUACAGAUUGGAUUUCUAGUGCUUUGAAAAUAAGACUCCUUUUUAACCGAUCGAAAUUAUGUGUAACAACAAUUUUUAUCAUAAAAUAAU